AUGGAGUACACAUGCAAGGACUUCAAGGUAGGAAAAUGUGAAGGUGAAAAGGUGGUGGAUGGUGAGACCAUGCCACUAGUCCUACAACCAACAGAGCCUAGCAACAAUGACUUGGAAACCCUUCUUGAGGCUCUGAAGAAGAAUAAAGAAUGGUUUGAGCAAAUGAUCAUCAAGAACAGUGCUGUGCUCCUCCGAGGCUACGACGUACAGAACGCCGUAGACUUCAAUGAGAUCGUCGAAGCUUUCGGCUGGGACGACAUCCGGUACGUCGGGCCGGCGCCGAGGACUCAUGUCCACAAACGAGUGUGGACUGCCAAUGAAGGACCCCUCUCUCAGUUCAUAUAUUAUCACCAUGAAAUGGUCCUGAUGAAUGAAACUCCGAAUAAAGUGAUUCUUUUUUGCGAGGUUCCACCACCAGAAGGUGGAGAGACACCGUUCGUGCCAAGCUUUAGGGUUACAGAAAGGAUGUUAGAAGAGUUACCAGAAGCUGUGGAGGAGAUGGAGAAGAAAGGUCUGAAAUACACUCUCACAGCUGUUAGCAAGAAUGAUACUUCUUCCAUGAGAGGUCGAGGUUGGGAAGAUGCUUUUGGUACAUCAGACCAUGCAGAAGCUGAGAAAAGGGCUAAGGCUAUGGGGAUGGACAUCGAAUGGCUCCCAAAUAACGGGGCGAAAACAAUCUUGGGCCCGCGAUCUCUAACCAAGGUGUUUGACGGAAGAAAGGGGCGAAGAAUGUGGUUCAACACUGUCGUUGGCAUGCAUGGGAAGGAGAUCAGCUCGGCAACGAUGGCCGACGGAACCGAGAUACCGGAGAAGGUGGCGAAGAGGUGUGAAGAGAUCAUUGAAGAAGAGAGCAUCCAGUUCAAGUGGGAGAAGGGUGAUGUGCUGUUCCUAGAUAACUUGGCUUUGCUCCAUGGUAGAAGGCCUUCUCUUCCUCCUAGAAAAGUCUUGGUUGCUACUUGCAUGUAG